AUGGGCGGCUUUCCGAUGUCUAAUCUACAAGGUAAACACAAAAACACUCCAUUGGUACCGUUUUGGGUAUCGAAAGAAGAUGGAAAGUAUUUAACAUCUGUCGAACUGGAGUUUUGUGAAAAAUGGGAGUAUACAUAUCCUGAAACAGAAUGGAGUAUGCUACUACCUUCUUAUGCCACAACAACACCGAUGGAAGAUUCUACAUUUGGUGGUAUUCAUUGGUAUUUGAAUCUUCUCAACGUGCCGAAACCUCUAGCAAAUGGCUCCUUUGAGAUUCGUGUAUUUAUUAAUUUACCCAAUGCAAAUAUUCGCACACCAUUAAAGGUUCCAAAUUAUGCUGGUUGUGUUUCUGUAUUUGCCCGUCCUGAUGAGUCUGAAUGUGUGACUUGUCGGAAAAUAACUCACUUCUGUGGUAGUGUCAAAUUAACUCCAGCAAUGAAAAAUUUAGGAAUUUUAACCGAUUCAGAGAUUUCUCCAGAAAUGGCAGUCGAAGUAAUUAAUCCAAACAAGAUGCCAAUGAUUGCGAUGUAUAAUACAAAAAAAGGAAGAUCCAUUUACAUUGGUUUACAUUUCUGUAACGGAACAGGAAAUUAA